GAAGUAUCCUGCGCCUCAUUUCAUCUGCCUAUUCCAUCCCUUGAGACUACUGUCACGAUUUGCCUGAGUUCAUGCAUCUCCUUGAGAACGCUCGAUAUGGACUUCAAAUCCUUGAUGUCGGCUCAGAUCGCCAGAUCAAAACCACCAGUGUCAAAGUCAUCUUCCUCCCCCUCCCCAACUCCCGACUCUCCCGCUUCGACAGCGGCAAAUAAAUACGUACGACGCGCGGACCUUGAAGCCUCGCGACAAGCCGAGUACCUCGCCGAACAGGCCAGACUCUCAGCCGAACGGGAAGAACGCCUCUCCAAGAAACGGAAACUCGAGGAGGAGGAGGCCGAGCGGAACGCGCGCAGGGAGGAAAAGCUGCGGAAACUGGCGGAGGACUCUCGAAGGAGGAGAGAGGAGGAGGAGAAGGAAGAGGAGAGGAGACGAAGAAAACGCCUCGGGCUGCCCGAAGCACCGGAUCAACCAGCUCUCGAGGAUGGGGGAAUGGAAACGGGCGAAGCAGGCACAGGCGAAACCGGAGAGGAUAUCCCCGACGACGAGUUGCGAAACAAACUCCGUGAGAUCAACGAACCGGUCACUCUGUUCGAUGAAGACCACUCUGCGCGACUGAGGCGCUACUACACCCUCACCCGGAUGGCUGUGACGGCUUCUUCACAAAAGCUGAGCAACGGCCCUAUCCCGACCACACUGGAGCCCGUCGAGGAAAAGGACAUGCUCCUCCCCUCGACCCUCGCUCUUCAACCGGGGACAGAAGAAUACGCCUUCCUCCACCGCCAGCUCGCAUCCUACUUCACCCUCUUGCUCACGGAAUGGUCCCAUGCGCUCGCCGAGCGGGACGCGUCGGUCAAGCAAUCCUCCAGCGGGAAAGCCGCGUACAACAGCUACCUCGUGGUCCUGAAAGACCUCACCCCUCUGUUCCGGCACUUUGAGAAACAGUCGCUCGACCGGGACUUGCUCGAGCCGAUCUGCAAGAUCGUGCGGUCCGCCCAGAAGAGACGGUACGUCGAGGCCAACGACGAGUAUCUCACCUUGUCCAUCGGCAAGGCCGCCUGGCCGAUCGGCGUCACCAUGGUCGGCAUCCACGAGCGGUCCGCGCGGGAGAAACUGCACGAGAGCUCGAGCGGCAAACAGGCGCACAUCAUGAGCGACGAGGUCACGCGCAAGUUCCUGCAGAGCAUCAAGAGGUGCAUCAGUUUCGCCCAGACGAGGUGGCCGCCGGAAGAUUUGGGCCAGUUGAUGGGAUGAACGAACGAUCACAAUUGCUUGCUGGGGAAGUUUACUUGCCUUCUCUGCAGGCACGAGGGACCUCGUUCAACAACCAAAAUGCCUGCCUGCAUGGCUCGUAAUAUGCCUUGUCUCACUCCCUGGGGGCAGUCGAGAUGUGCCACCACGUCAUCUCCCCACCGCGAUAGGUCCUAUUGCCUGGAAUCCAACCUCUUCCGCUGUGGCUGAGGGUCAAGGGGAUGUGUGUUGUCUACACGGCCAUCUUCUCCGAAGCACUCCCAUGCCGUACGUAAGUGACGGGGGCGUCGAUUCCACGGCCAUCACGGCCUAGCCCCCGUUCGUCGCGGGCGCGGAAGUCAGCUCUAUCCUUGCCAUGCAAGGUCACAACAACAAUCGACUACGGCUCACCACCCCUACAGACGAAGCCGCGCAUGCGUGCAUCCGUGCCUGCUCCAGACCCGAGCAGGAGAAUCAGCUUGAUACGACUAUGGUUCGAGAAGGACCCGCCAGUUAUGAAAAGAGACAGGGACCGGAUCUCGAAAUGAUCGGGGCAGAAAACCUCAUGGGCGUUCGUCCCUUUGCGUCCGAUAGUCCCGAGACCGGGCCCAGCUAUUCGCAAGUCGGUGCACAUAGCUAGGUAAUAUACCGAGUACAUUGGGGACACUCAUCGCCCAAUAAUACAUGGGAAGGAGACUGCGAAAGUCUUCCUCCUUGGAAAAGGGGGAGGGAGAAUCACUUCCGAAACAGGCUUAUAAUCAUUCUCGUGUCCUAAGAGACGCAAUCAAAUACUACAAAGUACUCCAAACCCCAAGUUCUGUAACAGAAGACGAUAAUCUCGUCGUGUCUUAAAAGAAAAAAUAUAUCCUCAAAUAGCCACCCGAUUUACAGCC